AUGAAGUUGACAAGGGAAAAUGCUGACAUGGGGGAAGAUACAGCGUGUUUGCGCACGCUGAUAUCUAUCACGACCGGUAGGCGUUCGGGGAAUUACCUUGAAGAGAUAUUGCUCUUCGAGGAGCAAAUCUUAUCAAUGCUGGUCAGCGGGGAGGUAAAAAAAACCAUAUUCAAGAUCCAGAGUGAUCAGACAGUACUUUUGGAGGUGCAAAGCAUCUUCGGGCACACGUCACAGUGCAGCCUCCAUGAUUGCAGCGGCUACCUUUUUAAGGCAUGGUCAGGAGACGGUGAAAGGAAAGCCGAUCGUGCGACCGUCUGCCUACAGUUCGGCGAUUUAUACGUGAUCAAGUACGGGUGCAAAACACCCGUUGGAAAAUCAUUUGAUGAGACGUUGCGCCGCGGGGCUACGAGCUCCGUUAACAUAAAAAAUGUCGCAGGUGGAAAGAAACUGAUGAGGUAG